UGUUGGAGUAAAAGGUUUUUAUUUAUUUAUUUUAGCAUUAUCGUUACCGUUCAAAUUUCAUUUCUACAUGACGUAGAGAUUUUUAUUGCCCCACAAUAUUACUUACCUAAAUAAGGGUUGGAUGCAUCAUCUGUCAAUAAAUCUGUUUUCCUUUACUUCACAUCAUUGAAUAAUUUCUACAUAAUCUCUAAUCCCACUUCGAGCUCUUCUGUUCCCACUCAUAAAAUGGUUAAAUUGACAACCCGUUUACAUCCAUGUCCUACCUGCAACAGAGAAUUUAAUUUUUAUCAAGAUUUGAGAAAUCACCGCAGAAUCAAUUCUGUUAAUGAUUCUGCUGACACAAAUGAGGAUGUCAAAGGUGCAUUACCUAUUAACAACAAUGAUCCAUUGGCGUACUAUCCUAUGGAUGCAGUUAGUGCUUCUCCUAUGCAACAAGAAACACCAGCAGUCCGCAACAACCAAAGAGAUUUAGAUGAAAGAGUUCCCUAUUUGACUGAAUGUAGGUGUGGAGAAACCGAGGGUCUUGCUCAUGUUUACAAUAAUGGCGUAUCCAGCUUUGACGAGAAUGAAAUUUCUCAACCCGGAUACAGAGAACUGGUAAGAUUGAUUAAUACGGUUAUUAGAGACCACAAUCAACAAUCAAAGCCAUGUGCUAAAGUAUCCCAGGGUGACAUUAUUAAUGCAUUAGGCAAGUCCAAGUCGACUAUUUGA